AUGGCCGCUGUACGCCGCAGCACCGUGGCCGCGAUUUUCGUCAGCUUUGCUGCGCUGUGCGCCGCGUCCACCGACGUGCCCAGCAGCAGCAGCGGCAGCAGUGGCAGCAGCCAGCCGACGACGACGACCGCCACGGUGCCGACGCCAGCUCCAAUCGUCACUCCUGCCUUCUCUGCCAACGCGCACACGACGCACAAAGCGAAGCCCACGGGGCCAAUCACGACCGCCCCCAUAUUCUUGCCGUACUAUGACGACUCUGCGUGGUCCGCUCUCCGAGGCAGCAUCCUAUCCUCCGAUGAUGUCAAAAACUGCACGACAUAUACGAUAUUCUGCCGCAAGGAGCCCAGUCAGGCUUGCAACCUUGCUCUUGAAUUUCCGUUCAUCAUUGUCGAAGGCCCCACGACUGUCGAAUUCCACGGCACAUAUACCUCCACCUUUAUCGCCAACAUUGAAUGCGAUCUCGACGGACGAACGGCGGCGACAUGCUCCGGCUAUUCGAGCUACCGCUCCGGCUACAAGAACGGUCACGUCACUGGACCUACUGAGCUCUCCUGGACUUCCACUCUGAGCGGAACGGACGUUCAGUGGGGUGUGUUGACCAUGGCGGACAUCCCCAAACCGACUGGCGAUAACGAUGAUUCGGCCGAUAUCACCAUGGCGCCGACCGAGAAUACGGCGCUGUUGUUUCUGCCGUCCGACACUCCGGUGAACGCGGCUAGCCCACAGGCUGUGUCGGCCUGGGCAGCCGUGGUGGUCGCAGCGAGUACCAUUUUCGCGGGCUUGCUUCUCUAG